AUGAGUGAAUUAAGUCAGGAGGAGAUACGACGUCGUCGGUUAGCGCGGUUAGCAGCUCUUGGCGGUACUAGUUCAACUCCAACUCUUGCUAGCCCUCCCGUUACUCCGAGCGCCUCUGUGCCUUCUUCUGACAUAAUAAACGCACAGCAACCUUCAUCACGUUUAUCACCGUCACCUCGGGGCUCCACAGAAUCAAAUACAUCAGCAGAUAGUGUCAACACAAAUAGGGAAACACACUUCUCAGAUGGAGUCAGUAACAGUGAAGUAGCCGAUCAAAAUAAAAUACCAGCAGAUGGGUUAAUUGUGACUGAAAAAACUGACAACAAUUUGUUAGAUGAGAUGCCGGAUACUAAAAUGACUGAUCUCUCCCAAACUAGACAGUACAACAGUUUUGAUUCCAUGGGUGAUGACACAUUAUUAAGUUGCGGGUCAGUUCAGGUUGGUAGCUUGCCACAGUCAACUGUUGGUGGUUCAGAAGGUGCAUCAACGCGAGAAGAUAGUACAUCAAGAUCUGUAUCUCCUCCACAAUUUGUAGAGCCUCCACCAGUAAGACCAAGAACUAGUAAUGCGUCACCAAGUUGUUCCCGUCGUUCUCUAUCUAUGGAAGUAGAUGAUUCUUCAGAAAGAAAUUCACAAUCGGAACAAUCACAUCAGGAACCAAUGGAGGUGGAAGAUAAUGAUAUAUCACAAUCACCAGCACGGAAAAUACACAGAUCUAGAACACUGAGCUGCACUGAGUUAAGUGAAGAUCAAUUGCGCCAUAUUGUUUCUAAGAUCCUUCAGGUUUCCUGGUCUGAAGAUAGUGUUGGAGGCAUAUUUGUACCAACUGUAGCAGCUUCAUUACUUGACAACCCUAAGCUUAGUUUAGAAGAACUAGCAUCAGAAGCUCUUAUUGAUGUCAUAACACAAAUUGAAGAUGGUUCUGAUCCAUUAAAUCAGAAGUUAAUUGCAGUUUCCGAAACAUCAAAAAGGCUUAGUGAGGAUUGUGGUGAUGAUAUUAUGACAAGUGGACCACUUAGUUCUGAGACAGAUACAAACUCGGACAAAGCGGAAUGCCCUGCACCUACACUGCCUAUACCCAAAACUAUCCCUACGCAAGGUUUAGCUGUUAGCUACAUUCUUCGUUUUUACAACAACAUCAAUCUAUAUGAGAGGGAACAUCCAAAAAAAAGCUCUGAGCCACCUUUAAGUGAUUUGCUGCAAAGUUUAAGAACUUUACUUGUUAAUCAUUUAGUGUUAGUGCUUCGUGGGAAAUUUAAUUUGGGAAAAUGCCGAAAAUCUCCACUGCUCCCUUAUAUUUUAAUUGGUAACACUCCAAUUGGCCUGCUUCCUGAGUUACUUUUGGCAACUUAUUUGGAUCAAGAAGCUUUUGAGGAGGUAUUUGUGCCCUUGUUGAUGGGGAUAAGGGAAGAAAUGCGCCGUUGCGUAUCGCCGCUCAAUGGGCGAGGGCACGGGCCGGCCUUGCGUGCGUUACGCGCAUUGUGCGAACUGCGAGCAGGGCCAAGACACGCUCUUCGCCCCGUCUGCGCUCUGAUCGCCCGCUUGCCAAGUCUGUGUCCUGCCCCUGUCACUACAGCACCAGGCCGAGAAAUCGCCAGAGUCAGUUUUCUGGGGCCAUUCUUUGCAAUAUCGCUUUUUGCGGAGGAAAAUCCACGACUCGCAGAACGAUUGUUCGCAACGGGAACUGGAGACCGAAGUCUCGCGUUUGCUCUCCAGCGCGAAGUGGAAGCCAGCAGAAACACUCUCCACACUAUCUGCCACAACAUUCUGCUCUCCCAGGAAGCGAGGGAACCUAUCCUGAACUACUUUGCUGUUUUGUUGCAGCGGAAUGAACGGAGAGUACGGUUUCGAACUGAUGAGAGAUCACUUGCGGGCGACGGGUUCAUGCUGAAUGUGUGCUCGAUACUGCAGCUGCUGUCUGUCCGCAUCAAGCUUGAGCGCGUGUAUCCAUUCUACACGUUCCAGCCGAACAUUUGGGUGAACAUACGGGAUGAUACACGGCUUUACUUCACGUCGCAAGAGGCCCAGGAUUGGCUUGAUGCGAUCAACAAAGACCCAAAUCACAAAUGGCCGGACGCGAAGUUCCAGACUGUGUGCUGGUUCCUGACGCUGCACAUGCACCACGUCGCUCUUAUCCCAGCUCUUCAAACACACCAGCGUCGUAUAAGAGCGUUCCGAGAUCUGCAGAAAGUGAUCGAGGAGCUGAUGGCUGCGGAGCCGCAGUGGCGCAACAGUUUCUCGGCACUGCGCAAUCGAGAACUGCUGCGUAGAUGGCGACGGCAGAUUAAACGUCUACACAGAUCGAAGCAGUGCGCCGAGACGGCACUUCUGGACGGCGAGCUGAUGCGUCGCAGCCUGCAGUUCUACGCGUCCGUGUGCGUGCUGCUCACGCAGCAGCUGGAGGCGGCGCGCGACGCGGCGCACGCGGGCCACGCCGCCGGCGGCGCGGGCACUAGCGGCAGCGGUAGCGGGAACGAGAGCAGCGGCGACAGCUCGCCCGCCACCACCACCCGCACGGCCACCACCGGCGCACUGGCCGCCGCUUUCCGGGCCACUCCCGAGUGGUAUGUGGAGGACAUCGCGGACUUCAUGCUCUUCGCGGUGCAAUACGUGCCGCAAGUAGUAGCAGAUUACAUAGAGGAUCCGAUAAUAACGUGGAUUUUGACAGCCAUAUGCCAUUCGCGCCUCAUAAAGAAUCCGUACCUGAUGGCAAAGAUUGUUGAGGUGUUAUUCGUAAUCAACCUAUCGAUACCCUUGAAGCUCAAGAAUGUUUAUGAAAAGUUUAUGGAUCAUCCAAUGUCACAAACCUUACUGCCCAGCGCACUGAUGAAAUUCUACACGGACAUAGAAACGACGGGACAGAGCACGGAGUUCUAUGAUAAGUUCACCAUCCGUUUCCACAUCAGCAUCAUAUUGAAGGGAAUGUGGGAGAGGCCUAUACAUAAGCAAGCAAUCGUUAAAGAAUCUCGUUCAGGAAGGCAGUUCGUCAAGUUCAUCAACAUGCUCAUGAAUGACACUACAUUCUUGUUGGACGAAUGUCUCACGUACCUGAAGCGUAUCCACGAGGCGCAGGAAGGCGGCUCCAGCAACGAAGCGCGAGCGCGAGCUCUGGCGCAGGACGAGCGCCAGUGCCGCUCAUAUCUAACGCUGGCCAGGGAAACCGUUGACAUGUUGGAAUACCUAACUGUGGAAAUCAAGGAGCCGUUCCUUCGUGCAGAGUUGGUAGAUCGACUCGCAUCUAUGCUCAAUUUCAACCUGCAACAGCUCUGUGGACCUAAAUGCAAAAAUCUUAAGGUGCGGCGGCCGGAGAAGUACGGGUGGGAGCCACGGCGGCUCCUGAGCCAGCUGGUGGACAUCUACCUGCACCUCGACUCGCCGCAGUUCCACGCCGCGCUCGCCGCUGACGAGAGAUCAUUCCGCAAGGAAUUAUUCGAGGAAGCAGCUGUGAGAUUAGCCAAGUCUUGUAUCAAGACACCCACCGAAAUAGAGCGUUUCAAGGCGCUCGCUGAUAACGCAUAUCAAAUCGCUAUAUCAAAUCAACAAAAGAGUGACGAAUUCGCUGACGCUCCCGAAGAAUUCAGAGAUCCGCUUAUGGACACAUUAAUGACAGACCCCGUCGUACUGCCUUCUGGGAAGGUGAUGGACAAGUCAGUGAUCUUACGGCAUCUGCUCAACAGUGCCACGGACCCGUUCAACAGGCAACCACUUAGUGAAGAUCAGUUGCGUCCAGCUUCAGAACUCAAAGAGAGGAUUAUACAGUGGCAACGCGAGAAGAAAUUGUCGUAA